AUGGAUGUAAGAGUACUGCACCUUUUUCUUGCUACCAUCGCAACCAUUCUCUUUAUGACAGCCAUUGGCUAUAAUGGAUGGAAAUGUGGUGAGAGUCUUCUAAGUCCGCUCUGCAUAAAACUUGACAAACGCAACGAAAUAACCGGAGCUCUUCUACUUACUGCUGGACUAUUGGUAUUUAUUGCUGGUGCUUUCAUUCUUGUCUACCUUCUAAAGGGCUCCGGGGGACCAAAUAUUGCCGCAACUGUGGCAACUUUCAUUGCAGCUAUUCUCGCUUCGGUUGCUAUGUUUUUCUACCACAGUUUUGUAAUUGGUUGGUCUCCCUUCAUUGCCACAAUGGCGAUGUCUCUGACUAUCGCGUUGGCUAUAAUGCUCAUUUUCCAAUUUGUUUGA